GCUACCGUCUUGUUCUGAGUCCUCAUUCUGGUGGCAGAGUGUUUGGUGUGCUGCCGAAACUCACUGAUCUGAUCUCCCCCAAACCUGACUCCCAGUUCACCAUGUCCAGGAAGGUUGUGAGGACCAGUAAGUUCCGUCACGUCUUUGGUCAGGCUGUGAAAGCUGACCAAUGCUACGAUGACAUCCGAAUCUCCCAGAUGACCUGGGACAGCAACUUCUGCUCAGUUAACCCCAAGUUUGUGGCCAUGAUUGUGGACGCCAGUGGUGGAGGAGCCUUCAUGGUGUUGCCCCUGAGCAAGACAGGGCGUAUUGACAUGUCCUACCCCACUGUGUGUGGCCACACAGGCCCGGUCCUAGACAUUGAGUUUUGUCCUCAUAACGACAACAUCAUUGCCAGUGGCUCUGAAGACUGCAGUGUCAUGAUUUGGGAGAUCCCGGACAGUGGGCUGACCACAUCGCUCACAGAUCCUGUUGUCAAGCUUGAUGGCCAUUCCAAACGUGUUGGCAUCCUGAGCUGGCACCCAACUGCCCACAAUGUACUGAUGAGUGCAGGCUGUGAUAAUGUGGUGAUCCUGUGGAACGUGGCUCGUGGGGAAGCAGUGGUGAGGAUUGACAGUGUACACACUGACCUCAUCUACAGCGCCUCCUGGAAUAGAGACGGCUCCAGGAUUCUCACCUCCUGCAAGGAUAAGACCCUGAGGGUGCUGGACCCUCGCAAGGGUACUGUCCUUUUGGAGAAGGAGAAGCCUCAUGAGGGCUCCAGGCCUGUCAGGGCAGUGUUUAUAUCUGAUGGGAAGAUCCUCAGUACUGGCUUCAGUCGCAUGAGUGAGAGGCAGGUGGCGCUGUGGGACCCAAAGAACUUUGGAGAGCCCCUGACCCUGCAGGAGCUGGACACCAGUAGUGGUGUCCUUCUGCCAUUUUAUGACCCAGACACUGGCAUUGUCUACCUCUGUGGCAAGGGGGACAGCAGUAUCCGUUACUUUGAGGUAACAGAUGAAGCUCCUUAUGUCCACUACCUCUCCAUGUUCAGCAGCAAGGAGAGCCAGAAGGGGAUGGGAUACAUGCCCAAGAGGGGCCUGGAGGUCAACAAAUGUGAGAUUGCCAGGUUCUACAAACUCCAUGAGAGGAAGUGUGAGCCCAUCGUCAUGACGGUGCCACGCAAAUCUGAUCUGUUCCAGGAAGAUCUGUACCCUGACACCAUUGGUCCGGAGCCAUCAGUCGAAGCUGAUGACUGGUUUCAAGGAAAAGACAGCCAGCCUAUUCUGAUAUCUCUAAAAGAUGGGUUUGUAGCAACUACCAAAGCCAAGGAGUUCAAAGUUCACAAGAGUCUCCUGAAGACCACAACUGCCUCUGCUGGUAGUCAACAGGACAACAGUGUGGAGGUUCAGUCCUUGAGGAAGGAGAUGAAGGACCUCAAAGCAGCGAUAGAGGAUCUGACCAAGCGUGUGAGAGAGCUGGAGAGCAAGCAUUAAACUAGAGAAGUCUGAUAAACAAGAAAUCUAAAUAAAGGGCAGGAGUGAAAAAAGAAAAACUGAGGAAAAAAGAAAGACAAUGAGACAAAGAAAAUGGCUGUGAGCGUCUGAUUGUAGUGAGACAAAGGGACAGAUUAAGACAAAAGGUGUUAGGAAAGCUGAAUUUAUUUGGUUUGUCUGGUCAGUUAAAAAACUAUCUUAAUAUAUGCUUUUAGUUUGAAAUAAAGUCGUAUGUGUUUUCAAAACACAUUUUUUGGCUUUUUUUUCCAAACACAUGAUACAGACAUUUGAUUUAGACCCAAUUUUAAUAAUUUAUACUUAUCAUCACACAAUAUGAGAAACAAAACAAAAUGAGCAAUAAUUAAUGUCAUAUAAAAUGCUAUGAAAUGCAUUGUGGACAUUUUUGUAAGGUGUCAUCAGAGAAACAGGUGUGUGCAGAUGCUCCCUGAGGCCUCCUGAGGGGCUUUUGGUUUUAAAGAUCUGUUUUGACCUGUGUAUCAUAGCAACGAUGAAGAUGGGUGUGAAAAGACAUACAGAAGAGGUUAAUAAUGGUUGAUCCAAACAAUACAUAAAAUAUGAACUACUGGCACAUCUAAAAUUUGGCUCUUUUAUAUUUAUUUUUUCUUCUCACAAAUACACUUUUAUACAGACUUUUAUUCUCAUUUGAAUUGUGCUGUAGGCUUCUGUUGUUCUUUUAAAUA